CCGCGCGGGGCGGGGCCGCCGGCGCAGUUGCUGCAGGCGCCGCGGGAGGUGUCCGAGACAAGAUGAAGCUCAUCAUCCUGGACCAUUAUUCUCAGGCCAGCGAGUGGGCAGCCAAGUACAUCAGGAAUCGCAUCAUCCAGUUUAACCCGGGGCCAGACAAGUACUUCACCCUGGGACUUCCCACUGGGAGCACCCCAAUUGGCUGCUACAAGAAGCUCAUUGAGUACUGCAAGAAUGGAGACCUGUCCUUCAGAUACGUGAAGACCUUCAACAUGGAUGAGUAUGUGGGCCUUCCUCGAGACCACCCGGAGAGUUACCACUCCUUCAUGUGGAACAACUUCUUCAAGCACAUUGACAUCCUCCCAGAAAACACCCACAUUCUGGAUGGGAAUGCGCCUGACCUGCAGGCUGAGUGUGACGCCUUUGAAGCGAAGAUCAAAGCCGCAGGGGGGAUUGAGCUGUUCGUCGGAGGCAUCGGCCCUGAUGGACACAUUGCCUUCAAUGAGCCGGGCUCCAGUCUGGUGUCCAGGACCCGUGUGAAGACUCUGGCCAUGGACACCAUCCUGGCCAAUGCUAGGUUCUUCGAUGGUGAUCUCACCAAGGUGCCCACCAUGGCCCUGACGGUGGGUGUGGGCACUCUCAUGGAUGCUAGAGAGGUAAGGGCACAUGGGCUCCCCAGGCCUUCCUUGGGGGGUUGGACUUGUCUUUCUGUCAUUAACUAUACAGGUACCACCGACAACACUUACUAAAAAUGAAGGCAUUAUAAAUACGGCUAGGGCGCC